AUGCUGCGCCAAAGCUCCACCGCACUGCAGCGUCCCCAGAAGCAACGGCAAGAGUCGGUAGAUCAUGCAGUGACAUCUGUGAAGCCAUCGUCGCCGCAGCAGCCGGUAAGCAUGCCAUCAACACUGUCGGAGGGACUCCAUGAGUUUUACAGGUCGCAUAGACAGCUAGAACCACAUCUGCAGCAGCAACAACAAUCGCAGCGACCGCUCGUGCAUGAAUCCUCGCAAGCAGCGCUACCGAACGUGCUAGCAAACAUCAAGCUGGCACACGAACGCCUCUCAGCCUCCGUGGCACGGUCACGCAGCCGCGAUCGCAGCGUGUCGGAGUCACUUGUCGGAGGCCACCGUAAUGACAAGAAGGACCUGCUCAACCGCCAAGGUCAACCGACACAGCAGUACCCCGGCAAGACCCACCAUACCGCUGCUCUCUCUAGUGAUGGAAAAGGGGGAAGCAGAGCCUCUCCGAUGCGCUCCCCUUCGCCUCCGGACAGCAUCGCCACUGCAGCCCCGGCGCUACGCCCAGAGGUGCCCGCAACCGCUACAUUAGGCCUUGAUCCUACACUGCCGUCGACAUCGUUGCAGGUUCGCCAGCAGCGAAGCGAAGAGGUGAGGGUCAAGUCGCACGAUCGGGGCGUAGCCGUGUGGUACCCAGACCCAGGUGUCAUGGAUUCGACUCUGCCGCUGCCUGGCACGCGAAAAGCUGCGCCCAAUACCACACUCUCGUCGCCUGACGACCGGGCCGACGAGCUUCAGCGCACCCGGCAGAAACUGGCGGAGAUGCAGCGCCUCUAUAGUUUUGAAAAGCAGGCACAACUUCAGCAGCGCACUCGGCAGCUGCGCGAAGAAGCGCGGCAGCGGCAAUCUGACGACGACAUCACAGAGCGGACGGCUCAGCUCUUGACCGAUUACGAGUCACUCAUGCGAUUCCGCGACACCGCCAGCCGAGAGCAUCUGGAAGCCGUUCUGCAGCGUAUCACCGACGAGUGGGGGCGAAGUGCUGAGAGCCUCGAGCAGACUCGCGCUUCGUGUGAGGAUGCUCUCCUUUCUCGCCUACAGACUACUCUUGCAGAACAGCAAGACGCACUCGCGAAGCGCCUCCAGCAGCACCUCGUGUUGGUGGCCAAGUCCACAGUGGAUACGGAGCUUGCCCAGCAUGCGACCAUCGCGGCUGCCGUCCAGGAGCAAGUUGAGUCCUUCAAGGAGGAGUAUCGCCGUGUACUAGAGCAAGAUAUGGAGGAGCGGCAGCGGCUGAUGGAUGAGCAUGUGGCCCAUCGAGAGACGCAGUGGCGCAGCUUCCUGAAGGACGAGCACGCCCGCAUGGUCGCGACCAGCGAGGCGGCUGCUCGUGAAACGAGUCGUCGCCAGCUGGAGACGCUGCACAUUGCGAUGCGCGACAUCACGGCACUGCGAGAGCAGCUGCUGCGCGAGCAUACACGUCGACAAGCACAGGUGGGUCAGGAAUACCUGGCGGCGUACGAAAGUCUCGCCGGCGCGUACGUCUCGUCCACGGAGGAAACGGCCGAGUACGUGCUGCGCCUGCAGCGCGACUACGCGAAUGUCAUACGCGCCCUACACGAGGAGGUAAGUCGCGUGUUGGCAGAGAAGCAGGAGGCAGUGCGUCAGGUGGAGCAGUGCACUUUGCAAGUGGCGGAAGCCGUCGCGCAGCAGCUGCAUGUCGUCGAGGAAAAGGUGGACUCGCGGUGGCAGGCUCGGUGGGCGGCGGAGCAGGAGGCGCACCGUAGCGCUGUGCUGCAGCUUACUCGUAUGCACGAAGAGUCCCUGGAGAAGAUGCGCAGCUCUAGCGCCGCCAAGGAGGCCCAGCUGCAGCAGGAGCGCGAAAGAGAGCGAGCGGCAUGGGAGGAGCAACUCACGCACCAACAAGAGCGACUGGCCGCUGCCGCUGACGACGCCUUCCAGAGUGCCCAGGCUGCGGUGCAGAGACUGGAAAGCGAAAAGGAGAGUCUCUCGUCGCACAUUCAGCAGCUGAAGGGUCAGCUGCUGCGCGAGAAACUUGCGCACGAGGCAGCCGUCCAGGACGCGCGUCAGGCCGAAGAAGCGCGCUACGUGUUGCAGCUGAGAAGCCUCGAGGCGACCUACGAUACGGUGCUGCAACAAUACAAGGAGAAGCUCAAGGCGGCUUGCAACAGCAGUGAAAGCUCUGAUGGUGGCUUCACAACUGCAACGACUGCACUGAAACGUGUGGCGGAGCUCGAGAAGGAGCUGCACGAGACACAGGCAGAGCACGCGACUCGAGUGCAGCAGGCCGUAAAGGAGGUGGUAGUUCUAUGGUCAGCGCGGCUUGAGGAGUGUCGCCAGCAGCAGCAAUCUGACUGCAACGUAAUGGAGCAGCAGCACCGCGCGCUGCGGGAGGCACUCCUCGGCGAGGUACAGCGGCGCGAGCAGGCACUGGAGGAGAAAUGUGCAGCCCAGCGCAGGGCCCACCAAGAAGAGCUCCAAGACGUCAUCAUGAGGGAGAAAGAGGCCUCUCAGCGGGCACUGGAGCGUCUCGAGCGGCAGCACGUUGCGGCGCAACGCCAGAUGGAAGCAGAGACAGAGAGGCGUGUGCGUGCCGGCGAGGAUGCACUGGCGGUGCGCGAAAAACAGCUCGAAGUUGCCGAAGAACAAUGGCUGCGUCGCCGUACCGAAGACAAUGAAGCCGCACUGCAGCAGCUGACAGCACACGUUGCUGCUCAGCACGCGAAGCAACUCAAAGAGGUGGAGGAACAAGAGGCCAUCUUGCGCAGUGAGCGGGCCCGACUCGCACAACAGCAAGCCAUGAUGGAGCAAGAUAUACGGAGGGCCGUGCGAGGAGAAAUGGAGAUGCAACUGGCGGAGCAGCUAGCCGCCGCCGAAGAAAGGUGGAUGCGACUGCUGGAAUCCGAGCUGAUGCAGCGCUUCACCACAUGGCAAGAAGUGCGGAGGCAAGAGCUGGAGUGUGUACAGCAGCUCCAUCUCUCUCAGGAGGCAGAGGCCAUGCGCGCACGCGAAGCAGCCUGGACGGCCGUACGCACUGCAUCGCUUGACGCCUACAGUGAAGCUGCCGCUGCCAAGCUGCAGGAAGUGCUGGCUGUAGAGCAAGCGCAGUGGAACACAGCUCAGCAGCUGCACGCAGCGGAACGAGAUGCGAGCAUUGAAGCUGCCACUGCACGCGUAGUGGAGCACUUUGCCAUGACGGAGUCCACCCGUGCGCAACUGGAGGAGGAGGUGCGCUCACCCUAUCUUGCCCUCCUAGAGCAACAGCAAGCCAAGACGACUGCACUCUUGGCAGAGCAGCGUCGCCACCACGAGGAGGCUGUCGCGCAGGUGAGGGCAGCGUCCUCUGCGCUGGCUCAGCAACAGACAGUGCAGUUCGAGAAGAACUGCGACGCGCGCGAGCGAGAACACGAAGCACACGUGCGAGAGCUGAGGGAGGCGCUCGAGCAGCAAUUGGCCACUCAGCGCUCCCAUCACGCAGCAGCACUCGCAGCAGCGCGCUCGGCAGCGCAGGAUGGCAUCACGCGCCUUCAGCAGCAAGCGGAUGCAGAGCGUGAAGCGUACGAGAACGCCGCAUCUGCGCGGAUGCGGGAUGUGCGUCACCUGUAUGAGCAGCAGAUAGCGGAACUGCGGCAGCGCUGCGACGCGCAGGCAAGCCAGCUAUCCCACAUGGAAGCGGAAUCAUACCUUCUAGCGCAGCGCAUUCGAGACGAGCAGGGGGCGAAGAUGCGCACAGAGUAUGAGAAGAGCAUCGCAAGCCUGCGCGAAGCUGUGGAAGAGCAAAAUCGGGGCUACGCCGAGUUACAAGCCUCCCUGUACGCACGCGUGCAAGCCGAAGCGGACCGCAUUCAAGCUGGUGCAGACGAGAAGCUAGCCCAUUUCAUGGAGCAACAGCAGAAGCAACUGGCCGAGCUGCUUCUCGCCCACGAAGCAGCCCUUGGAGAGCAGCAGCGGCGCCAGCAGGAGGAGCUCGCACGACUGCAGGUUUGUCAUGAGGAGGAUCUCACCGCGCAGGCGUGCAAACUCCGCGAAGCGCACGAGGCCACCGAAGCGGCACUCCAGUCCACGUGGGAAGCUCAGCAGGAGAGCUGGCAGAAGCUUCUAGAAGAUGAACGCCGUGACCGGCGCGCCGCAGACGAACGCGCAAAGGCCGCAGCAGCCGACGCGGCUGAGCUCCGUGUUGCAUGCGAACGGCAGCAUGCAGCGGCCUACCGUGCACUGGACGACGAAUACCGCGGGUUGCUGGAACAGAUUCGGCAUGAUGUACAGGAAGAGCGUGAAGAGCUUGCGCGCCGCUGCCUUGAAGAGGAGGAGCAGCGCUUUGCCGCCGAGAUGCUGCAGCGUCAGUACGCUCACCGUCAAUCACCCCAUACUAAACCGCAGCAGCAGCAGCAGCAGCAGCCGGGUGCGUCCACAUAUUCCUUUCCCAGAGCCGACAUCCCUGUUCUUGUGACAGCUCCAGAGUCCCAAACGCCGCUCUGCAGGAGACGCGGUAGCGGUACCGCAGCCUUCUCGGGCGUCUCUACUCCCGCUGCGCCGUACUUGGCGACCUCGGAGGGAAGUCCUCUGCCCAUUUCUCCUGCUGCUCCUGUCGAACUGUCGCCCGCGCAUUACCAUCAGAACCAUCGCCACAGCCAAGAGCAGGAGUCGCGUGACGAUCUUCUACAAAAGGCCGCACAACGUCUUCGGCAGCUGUGGGACGUGCUCGAGGUGCCCCCUGACGAUCAGCGCUCCUUCCUUAACUACACAGACUCGCUCGCUCAAGAAGCACCAGCGGCGGAGUUGCAGAACGCGCUGACACAGGAGCAGCGACGGCUGGAGGCGCAGCUGCCGCUCCUAGAGGCCCUGACACGUCGCGAGUAUGUGCAGCGACAACUGCGCACCUUAGCCGAUGGGCCGCCCUUAGCCGCACUCUCUAUUAACAAGAGGUGUGACGCUAUGCUGAAGCGCGCCAGCGCCGGUGAGGGCGAUUACGAUAACGACGAUGUUGUACGUGUCGACGUCUCCACCUCUUCUCCAUCGUUAUCAGACGCGUUUACCGAUGGUGGGAAGAGCGCUACUACGUCUGCAGCCGUUUCGCCCGUGACCAAAACUCGAGGCAAGGCGGAGAGCAGGCAGCUCGAGCAGCUGCAAGUGGAGUUGCGGCGACUGACAGAGCAGCUCCGCCGAGACAUCACGCAGCACGAGACGGAGUACGGGCAGCUCUUCUGCGUUCGCGGUACGCGCGUGAUGGACGCACUGUGA